AUGUACUCUCCUUCUAAACAGUUAUUGACUCCAUUAUUGCUUCUCUCUCUCCUUUUCCAAAUAAGCGUUUCCUUAGACACCAUAACGCCGGACGAGCCUCUUAAAGACGGUCACAUCCUCGUCUCCCACCGAGAAACGUUUGCACUUGGGUUUUUCAGUCCUGCAAAUUCUAGCCGUCGCUACGUCGGGAUUUGGUAUAACAAAGUGCCACUAAAAACGGUUGUUUGGGUCGCUAACAGAGACGACCCUCUCGACGACACUGCCGGUAUAAUCUCCAUCGACGGUCAUGGAAACCUCGUCAUCACUGAGACGAACCGAAGCAUCCCUAUCUGGUCUACCAACGCCUCUAUUGUCUCCGCGAACCAUUCCAUGGCUAGGCUCUUGGACACCGGGAACCUCGUUUUGGUUCAUCCAGAAAACCAGAGCAAUAUAUGGCAGAGCUUUGACUUUCCGACCGACACUUUGCUUCCGUUUAUGAAACUCGGGCUCGAUCGCCGUACUGGGCUGAACCGGUUCCUGACAUCUUGGAAGUCCAAAGAUGACCCAGGAACCGCUGUUCUUAUACGAGGGUGGGGCUCCUUUGUGGCGGGGCGGAUCAUGGACCGGACAAAGAUGGAGCGGCGUACCUGA